AUGGCCUACGUGCUGUCCCUCCGGCCACAUAGCCCUCUGAAGCGCUCCUUCAGUGACAAUCCCUACCUAGCUUCAAGCUCACCACUCAAAGGUGUUACCUCCAGCGCUCUCCGCGAGAGCACGCCUCGAAAUGCUUCCGUGUGUUCACUCUACUCCUUGCGCUCCAACAGAGCCGGCGACUGGCUGCGAACUACGGAGAACACACCACCGCUCGCCUCUUGCUCCCUGUUGGAUCUUGUCCCAGAAACAGAUGGACAAGAAACUCAGACUGGACUGAACGAACUUGGACCCCGAAAGCGAAGCUGUGGACUCAAUCGGCCGGCUCCAACAUUUUCCAAAAUCGCCACUCCUAGCAAUCUCUAUUCGAGAAGAGGGAAAAUGGCCACUCAUGAAUCAGAACGCCUGUCAAGUGACCCUAGCUCACCGGAGCCUAUGGUGGCCGAGAACAAUUCCGACGAUGACACUGAGUUCUUCGACCUCUAUGAAGCGAUCCAUAUACCGCUUCCAGAAGGACGCUGGUCGGAAAAUACAGCAAGCGAAGCUCACGCGGAACCGGAAGUUCCCGAUGAUGAUAUUGUCAGUCCGCAGCCAUUUCGUCGGUGGAUGAGCACUCUACGGCGCCGCCAUAUCUACAGACGAAAAGGUCAAGUGGCCCAAGUACCUUCUGCGGCUAUCCAGAUGACUGAAGUCGAUGCUUUACUGUGUCCGCCCAUAAUUCCCGUCACAGGAACAGCGCGGCGGUUAUCCGACUCUAUGUCAUCGUCCUUGGGAGGCGUAAUUGCAAUGAGGUCCGCGUCGGUGACCGUGGCAAGUGCCAGCAUCGCUCCUCAAUCCGACACGCCCGGUUUUGCAGACAAAGCUCGGCUAGCAAAGAGAAGUAGUCAUUACUCAGAAGCGCGGAAGUCUACAGAGAGCCAUGGUGGAGCUUUGAGCACUAUCAUCGACGAAGGAGCCUGGCUACGGUCUGCUCAGCGACGCAAGGUCGUCGAAGAACUCAUUUCCACAGAAGAGAGCUAUAUUGCCGAUCUCAAGGUUUUGGUUAAUGAUUAUUUUGUGGUCCUGAGCGGCGUUCCCGCCUUACCAGCGCACACGCAAGCAUCCAUCCAACAGAACAUCUCUCAGAUCUUGCAGCUACAUGAAGACUUGCUUGCUGAGCUUCAUCAAGUAGUUCCUCAAGCAGAUUAUACUCAAAGCGCGCAUCAAGAGGCGUACCCUGUGACAAGGGCAAAACAUAUUCGCUUCCAUAGCGCAGACCUGAUGCCUGGACGUUUUGUUGAGCACAAAAUCACUCGAAAGCUUCGCCACUCCUUGGAUAUCGGACGUUCGCCUGAUCGUCGGCCGCAAGGUCUUGUCACAGAUACUAGAACCAUUGGAGACAUUGCAAAGAUCUUCAAUAAACACAUGAAACGUUUCUUCGCAUACGAAGAAUAUGGUGCGCAAUGGACCACCAUGUCCCAAGAUCUUACUUCGACAUGUAAGGGCCUUCAUGGCUGGCAGCAAUAUGAACGUGGAGUGGAAGCUCUGUCCAAGGUCAUCGCAUCGGAGAACAACCGCUCGACAAGCACUCGCAAGGCUUUGAGCUUUCCAGACUUACUUAUCAAGCCAAUACAGAGAGUAUGCAAGUAUCCACUCUUGUUUGCCGAUCUAUGUCGGCAUACACCUGUCUACGAUGACCCAGAAGCACAUGCCGAGGUCGAGAAAGCACUUUUCCGAUUGCAGGAGACGAUACGCGAGGUUAACAAAGCCAAAGACGAUCCCAAGACACGUCGCCUGAUAGAGAUCACCUGGCAAUUGCAAGAUCGUUUGAUGUUUCAAGAGCAGACUAUCUCCAAGGCGCUCGUCUUCCGACUACUUGGCCAUGUCCUCGUUUGUGGCGUUCUUCAUGUGGCUUACCAGACGCCCGAUCGUGUCAAAGGCCAGUACAUGGCAUGUGUCUUGUAUAAAUCAUGUCUUGUUCUUGCCAAUGCAGGCCGCUUCUUCACGCCGUACAGCGUCGUGGCAUCAAUUGCGCUCGCUAACGGAAGCAUCGAGGAGACAGACAAUGGAAGAGGUGAGAUCUUGAGAGCUCUUGAGAUUUCUGCUUACAAUGGGCAAGGUUUGCAAUGUCACACCGUUCCGAAUUCAUGGAAGCUUGUGUUCGAACACGGACAUCGCUUACAUGAGAUUAUCCUCAGCGCUUGCUCUUCCCAAGAAGAAGAAGUCUGGAAGAAACAGCUCCGCCAACGUAUUGUAUGUGAGACACAUGACUUUGUCGAAGGACAGUCGACUAUGCAAGAUAUGUUUUCAUCUUUAUCCCUGGACAUCAAAUCGAUCGGGCCUGUAUUUGGACAUGCAGACAGCCUGGUGCGACGCAUGUCGGUCCACCGCGCGGCAACCCUCGGCUCGAAGACACAUUUGACACAAGUCAUCAUCAAGAACACUCAGGCGCAGAGGUCCCCAGAGCCACCACCCCCUUUCGCGCCAAACUCGGUUACACGGUCGCAAUCGCACUUGUCUGCAACCCACAUACCUACCUUGGCUCCGAGAAGGGCUGAGAGAAUUCGUUUGGAGACUGCAUUGGAAGACGUCUGGACUAAAGAUAUAUUACCGUUUCCUGGGAUGGCAAAUGGAAGGGUGGAAAAUCAGUUUCGCGCAUCUGCCAAUUCCGUCAUGAGGAAGCUCAGCAUGGCCAGCAUUACCAGCAAUUUCUCCCGCCGCUCACCUAGCUUCUCCAGCGUGAGCAACACGCGCUCGGAUGAUUCUAAUAGCAGUAAAAUCCACAAGAUGUCGCACGGAAAUCUCCGUGCGCAGGCUCUCGCUGACCGUCGACCCGCUCCAGCAGUUGUCGAUUUCCACAAUGCGCCAGCUGCGUUCUUGCCUAACGAUUUUGAGCUUCCAGAUCCAAGGCCUUCAAGCCGCCGGCGACGCCUGGCAAACCGAGCCGCAGGAACGGAACGCUGGAGCGAGAAGAGCAUACCUGGGAGACCGCAACGGACCCGGCGUCUCUCUUCGCAUAUUCUAAGUCUGCCUCGAACAGAUAGCAGCACUCGUAUGGACAACCGUGUCGAAAGCAGGAGCACCUCAAUGGCGUCCCGCAGUACGGUACUGCACCCGACCGAAAGCAUCCCUGAGCCAGCCAAGGACCAGGAAAAUGAGAAGAGCAAGAAGAAGGAGACACGUGAACACAAGACGCGAGAGGACAAGUCAUCUGGAUCGCCUCAAGCUAAGAAGUCGUCGAAGAACAGAAGCAGGAUCUUCAAAUUCUGGGCAUGA